UGUUUUUUCCUUCAAUUAUAUAAUUGCAGUAACAUUAUGGAAGGCAUAAGACUGUUGGUUAUACUGGGGGCACUGCAAGGUUUACAUUCACAGGUUAUCCAUGUAUUCCAGAUUCCUUCUAUGAGCACCACGGCGGGCAGCAUAGUGGUCCUGGAAUGUACCUACACCAUCACUAACUUGAACGAAUCAACUAAUGGCUGGUUCACAUGGUACAGACAUAAACUGCAUGGGGACGUGGUUGCAAACACUGCAGAAUUUUUCAAGGGCAGAGUUUCCAGAGUGCAAGCAGAAGAUUUUCUUAACAAGAAGUUAGCGAAUAUCGUCCUUCAUAGAGUUGAGAUGUCAGAUACUGGAGUUUAUAUAUGUGAAGUAUCAUUGCUUCAGAGUCAGGUGAUAUCAGGACAUGGACAUGGGACAUUCCUCCAUGUGACAGAAGCCAAAGAGAUAACGGUUAAACAAAACGAACUUGUCAUCCCUCUCAGCGUUGUAGGUGGAACCCUCAUCUUAUUAAGUUUAGCUGCCUUUUAUUUGAUCUGCAUUAGAAAAGCCUCUGCAUCCACUAAAAAAGAGAGUUCAAAUGCCUGUGUUGAAUUUAAAACUCAAGCUUUUGAUUCCUUUGAAGAAGUGUGA